UCUUCCAACGGCCACAAAUGGCCCUCUUCACCAUCAACAACACUCUGCACCAAAAGCACUUCUUCUGUAACUGUAAGUGCCCUUCACCGUUCAAUGCCUUUAAAUUCCACCAUUCUUCUCAUUUUCUCACUUUCUCAUCUCCCAAACACACACCCCCACCAAGAAAAUCUGCACUUCUUAUUGUUAGACCACAUGUUGGGCACCUGUAUGCAAAGUUGUGUACUGCAGACCAUGAACCUUCUACAGCGGACAUGGGUGGUAGAACUGGUAAAGAAACUGGUUCUGGGUUUUCUUCCUACGGGUCCAAAGGUGAAAGGGUAGGGAGAAAAUCUGUGAAAACCCAUGUUGGUUGGGCAGUGGAGGAAAAGAAUGAGAAGAGGUUUACAAGAGAGAGGUAUUCAAAGAAGAGGUUAGAUUCAAGGAGAAACGGAGGAACGAGUUCCAAGUUUCCUUCCUUGAAGUCUGAAAGUAAAAAUUUAGUGAACAAAUCUUUGAAAGCUAAUGAAAAGGAGGAAGAAAAAUCCAAGAAAGGUGAUGCUGAUAAGGUAAGAGAGGAGAUGGAGAAGGGGUCUAAGAAAAAUAAGGUGGAUUCUCAGGAAGGGCUGUUAAGAGUUGGACUGGAAAUGUGCUCAAAAAAUGGGGAUGUUAUGGGUGCGCUUGAACUGUAUGAUUCGGCUCUGAGGGAAGGAAUUGAGUUAGGGCAGUAUCAUUAUACUGUUCUUUUGUAUCUUUGUUCUUCAGCAGCACUUGGUGUUAUUCGACCUGCAAAAAGUGGAACUGGUAGCCGGAGUUUGGACAUGCUCAGCCCUUCUAGUGAAGUUCGUGGUGGGGUUUCCGAGGAUUUGGCAGAAUUUGGGGACACUAGCAAGAAGAAUUUUGGUGGUCCAGAAUCGAAAAUUCCAGUUUCAAACAAUGCGAUGUCAGUUUAUUCUACUAAAAUUCAUCAAAACUCCCCUAAAAAGGUGUUGAAUUCUAAUAGGUCAGCAUUUGAAGUAGCAAAAGAUGAUUUGGAUGGUAGUAUCACUGAAAUGGACAAGUUAUCCCAGGUCUCUAAUUGCUUUAAUCAGUCAAAUAGUCAACUUUUGGAAGGUCAAAUGCAUUUAAGAAAGGGUGUUGAUGACUCCACAAAUAAAAAGGAAGAUAAUGAAAUUCGGGUAAGUGAAGAUUUCAAGAAGUAUGCACUCCGGAGGGGAUUUGAAAUCUAUGAGAAGAUGUGUUUGGAAAAGGUCCCAAUGAAUGAAGCAACCUUGACAUCGGUGGCGAGAAUGGCAAUGUCCAUGGGUAAUGGUGACAUGGCUUUUGAUAUGGUAAAGCAAAUGAAACCACUGGGGAUAAACCCUAGAUUGCGGUCUUAUGGUCCUGCACUUUCUGCUUUCUGCAAUAAUGGAGAUAUUGAGAAAGCAUUUGGUGUUGAAGAACACAUGUUGGAGCAUGGUGUCUAUCCUGAAGAGCCAGAACUGGAAGCAUUGUUAAGAGUAGGUAUAGAAGCUGGAAAAAGUGACAAGGUCUAUUAUGUAUUGCAUAAGCUUAGGACAAGCGUAAGACAGGUCUCUCAUUCUACUGCAAAUUUGAUAGAGAAAUGGUUCAAAAGCAAUGCAGCUGCGGCUGCAGGAAAAGGAAAUUGGGAUCAAAGAUUGAUAUCAGAAGCAAUUGUGAAUGGAGGUGGAGGCUGGCAUGGGCAGGGUUGGCUGGGUAAAGGAAAAUGGAAUGUUUCACACACAAAUGUUGGAGCUGAUGGUUUAUGCCUAUGCUGUGGGGAAAAAUUGGCCACCAUUGACCUUGAUCCUACAGAAACUGAGAAAUUUGCUGAAUCAGUCGCAUCUAUAGCUAUAAAGAGAGAGAAAAAUUCAAGCUUUCAGAAAUUCCAAAAGUGGCUAGACUACUAUGGACCUUAUGAAGCAGUGGUAGAUGCAGCUAAUGUGGGUCUUUUCAGCCAGAGGAGAUUCAUACCAUCCAAGGUCAAUGCCAUUGUGAAUGGAAUAAGGCAGAUGCUUCCUUCAAAGAAAUGGCCACUCAUUAUUUUGCAUAACAAACGAAUCACUGGAAAAAAGAUGGAUGAACCAGCAAAUAGGGCAUUGAUUGAGAAGUGGAAAAAUGCUGAUGCCCUCUAUACAACGCCUACUGGAUCAAAUGAUGACUGGUACUGGUUGUAUGCAGCUAUAAAGUUUAAGUGCUUAAUUGUGACAAAUGAUGAGAUGAGAGACCAUAUAUUUCAACUUUUGGGGAAUGAUUUCUUUCCGAAAUGGAAAGAAAGGCAUCAAGUACAUUUCAGUUUUUCUGAUAGUGGUCCAGUGUUUCACAUGCCUCCUCCUUGCUCUGUUAUAAUUCAGGAAUCAGAGAAUGGACACUGGCAUAUUCCAGUUGCAUCAGAACAUGAUUCUGAAGGGGAAAGAACAUGGUUAUGUGUUACCCGAGCUAACUCACAGAUGGCAAAGCAAAGCCCUUCCCCCAGAAACAAAGAAUCACAGUAUCCUUGCUAUGACAAGAGACGGGUAAGGUCAGAUACCCAAACAGAAAUUCACAAAGAGCUAUCAUCAUCAAAUCACAGAAACCAGGAAAAAUCAAAAGCUCCACCUCAGGAAAUCUACAGAAAUCUCAGAAAUAUUCUGUCAGCAUCUAUCUUUCCAACUCAUUCUACAGUCCUAUCAGAAAUUGAGGCUGCAGAGAAGCUUGGUAACUGUAUUAUUGAUUUCCAAAUAUAAUGUGAAGGGCUAUGGUGUUCAGGACAUUGAAGGGCACUUGUUCUGGGAAACCGGUCUCCAAGCUGCAAAGCUCCUGAAGGAGAAAAACUCUAUUUUCCACCUGCUGGUGUUAAACUCAUCUGCAAACUUUGCAUGGAAGGUUAGCAUUUUUUGAAACAUGAUUUUGGAGGAUAGGUUAUUUUCUCUUUCACCCUUUGCUCUGUUUUAUCCUUUCAGUUGGGAGCAGAGGUUGGUGGUGAUAUUGUUUUGUAUAAUCUUGUUCAGAAUGAAACUUUUCAUUUAUUCAUUUACGACUAAAACACAUUUUUCCAA